ACACAUAUAUUUUUUAAAUAUUUCUAUCUACUCAAGUGAGAUUUUGCAAGAAACCAAUCGAAAUUGAAAAAUAUUUUCCUUCACAAACAAGCCAGAAAAGCUAUUGAAAAUGUAUGAAGAGAGUAGCAGCGGUCGAAGUAUGGAGGGUAGCUUGCCUCGUUCGUCAGUAUUGAUCAAAAAGGAACUUCCAAGGCAUAUGCCUUCCAAUAGAAACAGUGAAAACUCAAAAGCUGAACUGACAUUUUCCAUUGAGAAAAUUAUGGAAUUUACGCCGUCCAAGCGGACUAAUAAAGAUCUAUCUCCACAACAGCAUUUACACAAUAACCAACAUAAUAACAACAGUAACGUGUGUAUCAACAACAAUCAUAGCAACAACAUUAACUCUUCUAACAAUAAUCAUAAUGUUCACAAUAACAUCAUUAACAACACCAAUAAUAUCGUCAACAAUAACAGCAACAACACUCUUAAGGUCAGUGGACACAAUGGUUACAAAACUCAGUCGAAAAACAUCGAUUCGUUAUGGGUUCCAACAUCGGUGUUUAAUCCGUCAAUGCAUGGAUCUGCAUACGCAAGUAUCUUCUUUAAUACGGAUCUCCAACGACGGGCAGGCUUAAACUUAAUUAGUAAUCCUUCAGAUUAUAGGGACCCAGUUAUUUAUGCACCUUACCUCCAUCCAGCGUUUCCGUUACCUCGAAACGCUAACGUAAAUGAUUACCAGACACAAAUACUUAGGCAAUAUCCCUUUUUAUUUAAUUCGAACUCCAUCAGAAAAGACAGAAACCUGGAGACUCUCAAUAUGUUUAAAAAUACAGGUUUUCAGGGAUUACAUCAUAAUGCAUCCAGAUAUUCGUCAGCCAUCGAUAAAAAUUUAAUUGUUGACGUAGGAGGUUAUGCCUGCAAAGAUUCCAUUAUCGGCAGUGGUGUAUCUGAGAAUGGUAUAAGCAGCGGGUGCUCCGUAAAUAGUAACAGCAUGAAUGGUAGUAGUGUAUGGAAAAGUCCACAAAGUCUAACACCAAAUGCACAUUGCUCUUCGUCGCAAAGAAAAUCUUUUAUCGAAAAUAGUAACGUUUAUUCGGAUGCUUCUGCUCUUCCAUUGGCUUUGACGCCGAACUCUACGAGUUCCAAGCAACAUGAGAGCUUAAACAGUUCUUGUAACUCUAGUCAGCAGGGAGAAGAUGGAAGAUCUAGUAUUAAAUCAACAAUUGCCGUCGGUUCACCGGACUCAGCUUUGGUAUCGCCGAAUAAUAUUGCCAAUACCAGCAACAGUUCUUCUCUGAUGGCAGGGCGAUCUUUGGUAGCAAAGAAAAACAGUUUAAAGACACAGAAGACGUUCACGUGCCCUGAAUGUGGCAAGAUUUUCAAUGCCCACUAUAACCUAACACGUCACAUGCCUGUGCACACUGGUGCUCGUCCAUUCAUAUGUAAAGUAUGUGGUAAAGGUUUUCGACAAGCCAGUACUCUGUGCCGUCAUAAGAUUAUACACACUUCGGAAAAACCACACAAAUGCAACACUUGCGGGAAGGCCUUUAACCGGAGCUCCACGCUGAACACACACAUGCGUAUACACCAGGGUUACAAGCCAUUCGUCUGUGAGUACUGCGGUAAAGGGUUCCAUCAGAAAGGUAACUAUAAAAAUCAUAAAUUGACACACAGCUCCGAAAAACAGUUCAAAUGUUCUGUAUGCAACAAGGCCUUUCACCAGAUCUACAACCUCACUUUUCAUAUGCAUACCCACAACGAAAAGAAACCGUUCACCUGCCAGAUAUGCGGUAAAGGGUUUUGUCGAAAUUUCGACCUAAAGAAACAUAUGCGAAAAUUACACGAAGGUGCUUCACUUCCAUCUUCCGGUUCUUCGUUCGGCGGAAGACUAAUCAGUCCACCCGGAAAUGUUAGCGCUGGUUUGCAUCACAGUUCGCAUCCAAACUUAACAAAUCCAGCACCAAACACAAGCAGUAUGCUAGCAGCAGCAGCUGCACAAUCCUCUCUUUCAAACCAAGCUGCAGCGGUGUUCUUUUCACGGCCGACAGCUCUUCUUUCACAGAAUCCUUUGACGUGUCAUCGUUCUUUGCUCUCGCCUCUCGUCCUUAAUUCCUCAGCCACCAGUCUAUUACACAAAAUAUCUUCUAUGAUAUAAUUAAACUCUCUUAGUUUGUUGGAAGUUUUUCUAUGUUUUUUUAAAUUAUGUACUUUAAAUUUUCCAGCAUUUCAGUCCGUGAGUAAUUAAUUUAAAAGAAAAAAAAAAGACAAAGAUAAAUUAAAUAACAAAAACAAAAACAAAUGAUGGAUGUAAAAAAAAAACUAUUUUCAAACAUUUUGAAAACAAUUACAACAAUAAUAAUAAUAACAAUAAUGACCAUUACAAAAACUCUCCCCCAAAACACAAAUGCAGAAGCAACAUCAAUAUGGCAGUGAAAUGAGAGAAACAGAAAUAAAAUACAAAGAUAUGCUGAUUCAUAAUAAUAACUGAAAGAAGUAACUGUAGCAGUAGUAGUAGUAGUAG